AUGGCUGAACAAUUGGGGGACGAGAAUGUUGCGUCAAAAAAACUGAAAGAACAGUUGGAACAAAUCAAGGAAAAAGCUGGUAGUCACAGUGAGGUUGAUUUUAUCAUUCAUAUGUCAAUACUUGAUUUUAAGGAAAAAAAUCGAGAAUCAUUUGAUAUUGAAAUUGAAACGGAAUUUUCAUUACCGUGCUCAUUAACAACAUACAGCUCUGAGAAAUGUGAUAUGGAAUUUUGGCUUUUGGUGACUAAAAAAUUAUCUCAACAAGUUGAUAAAUUGCGUGCUGAUAAUGUUCAAUUGGAAAACUCAAUAAAUGAGGCCAAAACCCGAAUCCAAGAACUGGAAAACAUGAACAGUAGUCUCCUAGAGAAAGUACAAAAUGUGUGCAGUGAUGACGACGAAAUGACUUCUCGUGGAGCACUUUGCCAGGUGCAGAAUGUACCGGUGCUUGCAAUACGAAAAGCUGACAAUUUUGAAGUUUCGAAAGCAACUACUAGUAUUGUUAAGGAUGAGGAGGAAAGCAAAUCGAAGGUUAUGGAUAAAGAAGCUGCAGUAAAAGGUAAGGAAAGUAUUGAUGAAGUGAAACUGUCGAUAGCGAAAGUCGUGCAUGAAUCACCCAAGACAGUUGAGAUUGGAGUCCAAACGGAUGUUACAGUGAGUGAAAAGUUGCCAAAAUUGACAGCGGAAGAAUUAAGGUCGCCGGAAGCAAGCGCAAACUAUUGGCGUCGACUAGCGGAACGGCUGUAUAUCGAUCUCAAACAGAAAACAAAAAUAAAUUUCGCGCUCUCAGUCAGAUGUGCCAGUUUACUUGAGGUAGUCAUAGAAAAAGAAGAAGACUAUUUGAUGCUGAAGAGUUAUGCAGAGAGAUGCAGUAUUGAUAUAAAUGGAUAUGGCAGUGGUCAUAAUGAAUCAGACAGCAAUGAUUAUAUAAUACCAUAUUAA